UGUCCUGCUAUAAAAGCUCAGCCUGCUGCAGCAGCAAGCAGUCGAGGCUUAAUCCUCAGCCCUGCACACACCUCCACACAGGCACAUACACAAAGAGGAGAGGGAGAGCAGCCGGUCCUCCCACCACUCAGCCAUGAGUAGCAUUGGAUAUGACCCCUACUACUCCACGUCAUACAAACGCUGGUAUGUCGAGGCACCCCCUCGUGUUGUGACCAGAGGGAGGACCCACUCCGUCUACUCCUCCCAUGCUUCCCCGCUGUCCUCCUCCCGUCUGCAGUACUCCUCUCCUGGCCGGGUGCUGCUCUCCUCCUCCUCGCAAGCCUCUUCCCUGGAGCUGGAGCUCAGCCAGGCAGCCCAGAUCAGCUCUGACUUCCGCACCAUACGCACCCAAGAGCGCAGCCAGCUGCAGGACCUCAACGACCGCUUUGCUGGCUUCAUUGAGAGAGUGCGUGAGCUGGAGCAACAGAACCGCGCUUUGGAGGCAGAGCUGCUGCUGCUGAGGCAGAGGUACCAUGAGCCGUCCCGCCUGAGGGCGCUGUACGAGCAAGAGGCCCGGUCCCUCAGAGCAGCUGUGGAUCAAGCCAGGGCAGAACAGCAGGCUGUCCUUGGACAAAGAGAGCGGCUUGAACAAACCCUGAGCGCCCUGCAGGGUCGAUAUGAGGAGGAAGUGCUGGCUCGUGAAGAGGCCGAGGGCAGGCUGAUGGAGGCCCGUCGUGAGUCCGACCAGGCCAACUUAGCUAAGGCUGAGCUGGAGAAGAGCAUCGAAACUCUCCUGGAGGAGCUUGCCUUCCUCAAGAGGAUUCAUGAAGGUGAGGUGGCCGAGCUUCAGGCCCAGGUCCAGCUCGGCGUCCAGGUGGCGGUAGAGUCUGAGGCCGCAACUCCAGACCUCUCUGGGGCUCUCAGGGACAUCCGGUCCCAGUAUGAAAGGCUGGCAGCAAGAAACAUGCAGGCAGCAGAGGAUUGGUUCAGAGGGAAGGUGGGCUCCAUGACUGAAACUGUGGCCCAGCACAGUGACGCCAUGAGAAGCUCCAAGGACGAAGCAGGAGAGUACCGACGCCAGCUCCAGGCCCGCCUACUGGAGAUCGAUGCAUGCAGAGGCCUCAAUGAGUCCCUAGAGAAGCAGCUACAUGAGAUGGAGGAGAAGCAGAGUGCUGAGAUAGCUGCCAUGCAGGACACCAUUGCAGAGUUGGAGGGUGAGCUGAGGGGCACCAAGCAUGAAAUGGCACGCUACCUGAAAGACUACCAGGACCUUCUGAAUGUCAAGAUGGCUCUGGACAUCGAGAUUGCUGCGUACAGGAAGCUGCUGGAAGGGGAGGAGUCUCGCUUCAGUGUAGGAGUGGCUGGGGGAAUGUCCUCUAUGUACAGCCACAGUUUGUCAGCGUCCUGCUUCGCCCGGCCCGUCCUCUCCAGCUUCAGCUCUGGCACCUCCUACCCGAUGACAUCACGCCUGUUCAGCUCCAGCGUCAGCACCACCGAGGGGAUCAUCUCUGCCAGCCACGCCCCACAAGCAGAGGCCAGCCCACCUGGUGAAGAGGAGGAGGCGGAGGAGGAGGUAAAGGAGGAAGAGGAGGAGGAGAAGGAAGAAGAGGGAGGAGAGGAGACAGAGGAGACAAAGGAGGCAGAGGAGAAGGAGGAGGAAGAAGAGGGAGGAGAGGAGGAGGGAGAUAAAGAGAAAGAAGAUGAAGAGGUGGCUAAGGAGGAAGAUGGAGAGGCUAAGGAGGGAGAAGAGGGUGGUGAUGAGCAGGAGCAAAAGGAAGAGGUGACAGAGGCCACUGAAGAUGAGGGGGAGAAAGAGGACAAAGGAGAAGGAGAGGAGACCGAGAGUAAAGAAGAAGCACACGAGGAAGUAAAAACAGAAGGAGGUGAUGAAAAAGAUGAGGAUGCAAAAGAAGCAGAAGAAGAGGAAAAGGAAGAAGCAAAAGAAAGCGAAGAGAAAGAAGACAAAGCUGAUGCCAAGAAAGACGAUAAGGCCGAUGACAAAGCUGCUCCAAAGACAGACGACAAAGCCGACGACAAAGAGGACAAAGAGGACAAAGAGGACAAAGCCGACGACAAAGAGGACAAAGCUGUUCCAAAGACAGACGACAAAGCUGACGACAAAGAGGUAAAAGCUGACGACAAAGAGGUAAAAGCUGACGACAAAGAGGUAAAAGCUGACGACAAAGAGGACAAAGCUGCGCCGAAGGCAGACGACAAAGCUGAAGCCAAAAAGGAGAAAGAGGAGGGAAAAGCAGACAAACCUGAAGCUGCCGAAGAAAAGAGCACAAAGGCUAAAAAGUAAGCCAGUAGCCUCAGCAAACUUCAGUCAAGACUUCAGCUCGAUAACCAGUAGAGGCAUCUACGCUAUCCUCUCAAAUCUGCUUGUUAACAUGGUGCUCAAUAAAACCGUCCAAUAGCCAUUUACAGCAACAAAUCAAGGUUAACUGCUUGCCAAUAUCCAGAGUAGUCCAUGACAGUCCUGCUGCACACAUCCUUAUGAGUGUAAUAUGUGUAAUUGCUGAAUGCCAAAGUGAGUGUGUGAGAUUUUGGUGUUUAAAUAAACACCUCUUAAAGCCA